GUAUAUCGAUUGCGGCAUAUAUUCCACGUCAAGCGCUUGCAGUCCGAAGAUUUUUUAUUUUAAUUUGUUUGAGUUGAGCGCAAUACAUUAAAAAUGGUGAGCUUGCUACAGGAAAUCGACACAGAACAUGAGGAUAUGGUUCACCAUGCGGCGCUUGACUUCUAUGGACAGCUACUGGCUACCUGUUCGUCAGACGGAAGCAUCCGAAUCUUCAACUCCCGUAAAAACAACAAGGUUCUCACUGAACUGAAGGGACACCAGGGUCCUGUGUGGCAAGUAGCAUGGGCACAUCCAAAGUUUGGCAGCAUCUUAGCAUCGUGCUCCUAUGAUCGCAAAGUAAUUAUUUGGAAGUCGACUACACCCAGAGAUUGGGCUAAACUAUAUGAGUACAGCAAUCAUGACUCCUCGGUCAAUUCCGUGGACUUUGCGCCUCCAGAAUAUGGUUUAGUGCUUGCUUGUGCCAGCUCGGAUGGUUCGAUUUCAGUGCUCACCUGCAACACGGAGUACGGUAGUUGGGAUGCCAAGAAGAUACCCAAUGCUCAUACAAUUGGAGUUAAUGCUAUUUCCUGGUGCCCGGCACAGGCACCCGAUCCAGCCUUUGAUCAGCGAGUCACUUCACGCAAUACCGCCGUAAAACGUUUGGUCAGCGGAGGGUGCGAUAAUCUCGUUAAGGUGUGGCGUGAAGAUAAUGAUCGCUGGGUUGAUGAGCACCAUCUCGAAGCACAUUCCGAUUGGGUGCGCGAUGUUGCUUGGGCUCCAUCGAUUGGCUUGCCCCGCAUGCAGAUCGCCUCGGCCUCACAGGACCGUCACGUUAUCAUUUGGAACAGUAAUGCUGAUUUGAGCCAAUGGACAUCAACCGUGUUGCACACAUUCGAUGAUGCUGUGUGGAGCAUUUCCUGGUCCACCACAGGCAACGUGCUGGCUGUCACUGGAGGUGACAACAAUGUCUCACUGUGGAAAGAGAACAGUGAGGGUCAAUGGAUACGUAUUAACUAUGAAUCGGGCACUGCCACCCAAUCGAAGCAGUCGCAUCAUCUACGCAAUCCCCAGCAGCAACCCCAACAGCAACCGCCAUCAAACAAGCCAGUUAUGUCGGACUCUGAGCGCAGCUCGAACUUAUCCAAUUCGAACUUGUCACAUUCGCAGAUGUCAAACUAGAUAUAUUUUAUAGAUCGUGUGAAUGGCCUAAUUACAAAUAUUGAAAAUGUUGGUCAUUAAA